AAUUAAUUUGUGUUCUGGUAGUUCCAGUUUCGGUGGUCAGAUUUCACUUUCGUUAGCUGAUUUUUUAAGUAAACCGUGGAUCGCUACGCAGUGAGUUUUUUCAAAAACUUUAAAACAUCUGUGAUUUAUCAUUUUGAUUUCAGAUAACCAGGAAAAUGGAUAAGCGUAGAAUAACAAAAAAACGUGAUAUUGCUUACUUAUAUAGCGAAUUAUCAUCCGCAGAGGAGCAACCUAAAAAAGGGAGAAAAAAAGAAGUUUUAAAAAACUGGCAUCUCCAGAGGAAUUUGCAUCACCACGGAAAUUUCCAGAAUUUCCAUUUGCACGAUUAGCCAACAUCGCAAAGUCUUCUGAAAUCCAUCAUGAUGACACGUGUGAAAAAAAUACCGACGAUACGGUGGCGUCUUCGGAGACAGAUGGAGCGAUUCUUAAUCUAACCACGUGUUCAUUGGCAACACCGGGAAACACGCAGAUUUCAGAACGUGACGACAUAGGUUGUGAACUACCUUACGGACCGUCGUCGAGUUCGGACGCGCGUGCUGCACUAUAGUAUAUAUAUACAUUUUUUUUACUACUUAACUUUUUUUUGUACCUCAACAUUUUUUUUUUUUCAUCCAACCGACGACGUGUGGAACGCGCGCAAGCAUUCAAAAGUAGUUUAUUUGUUUUUACUUGAUACGGUCAUUUGUUAACGUCGCGAGUGCAAUGAAGUGCGGUAUCGUAAACUGUGCGCAAGGUGACAAUCGCUACCUCUGGCGUUGUCACGUAAUCUGUAACCGAACAUUUCAUGCUGCGUGCAUAGGUGCACAAAGAAACCACGAGGAAAUCCUGCGGACUUUUAUGCUGCCGCUAUGUCAGGACUGCCAGGAAAAGUUCGUGACCGACCUAAAUCUUAAGGCUCUGACAUCUCAUCUCAGAAAAUAUCGGAAAGACGCUUGAAGUAAACCAUAAGCUGCUUUCAAAUUAUAAAAAUCUCAGCGCGACUCAUGAUAACUUGCUGGAGCAUAUUGAAAAAAGCCUGAAUGAAAUUAAACUUACCAUCACCAACGCCGCGAGCAGCAACAAAGCCAGUGCCGCAGAAAUAAAAAACAAAAUGUCCACACUUCUUGAUACACAUUCGGACACCUCAGCAGCUGUUGAAGCGAUGGCUAAGUCAGCAGCGACAGCAGCAGCAGCAGCAGCUACAAACUCAACGACAGGGUCAAUCAACAAACUACUCGCUACAAUUGAAACCGGUUCAGCGCAGUUUAAUGCUGAUUCUGCUCUUCGUGUAAUUCUCGACGAGGUAAAAUUUGUCUCUGGAGCUAUUACCAGUCUCCAAAUUAAUCAAACUAGCGCAUCACAACAACACAAGUCACUGCAUGAAGAAUUAAAUCAAACUUUGGCAGCUAACAAUAAAGCUACGAAGCCCAUAACGGACCAUUCUUCGCCAGGAUGGCGAUUUUUGGGCAAUAAAUGGCGCUGGAUGCCAGACUGGUCGGAUUAUGAUGCUAGACAACGGACUCGUAGGCUCCAAGAAAAGGCUGCCGAAAAAUCUAGACGAAACAGGAAACGCAGGAGGCGACAAUAUAUUGAAUCGAAAAACUUCAACAACAAUCGAAACCAUACCACCAACAGCAACAGCAACAGUAACAAGACAACGAAUAGUAACUAUAUCAACAACAACCACAAGUUCACACACACUUACCAAAACGACCAGAUCCGUGUCAAUGGAUCGGAUAAACAAUUACUGGCAACCGCCAAAGUUAAAUUUGCCAGACCACCAUCAACUAUUGACCACCCUAUAGCAGGCCUCGCAGUUCCAAAUUUCAUCAACUUCCGGAAGGGUGAAACCAUAAACCCUUACCGUUCAGACAACCAGAACCAACAUAAUAUUGAAUCGCCACCAAAUGAGAACACUACUUCGAAAGCAACAUUAGAAUCGCACCCAACAUCGUGGUCGCUCGAUCCCAUGCGGCCUCCUGUUGUCAACCUAACACAACAAUCAGCUGUUGGAGACGGGCGUUUUCUGAAGGCGCGUUUACGAGAUCCAAAAAUUAUGCACCUUGUACGUCUUUACCUUGCGUACAUGCAUGACAAAGACCCAACGGUUUGCUACGACGGUAUGACGAAAACCAGCAUACAAAUUACUUUGGCAUCAGAGGGACUACCAGUAGCUGCGGAGGAGCUCAGGAAAUUUUUCUUCGAGGUACAUGAAGAAUUCGGCGUACCGAAACAAGCGGCUUCCGAAGACCUUAAUUCUUAUAGUAGACACAUGUUCAACCAGAGGAUUCAAUCCCUGCAACGCGCAAGGGAAAUUAAAAUUCAUAUAUACGGCGUUUUCAAUCAAAAAGAUGCAGACUUCAUCAAGGACUGCGAUAACGAAUCACUGUUGCUUCCUUUAGUAGGAGAUAACGAGGCACUACAGCAAAUUUUCGACACGACCAGUCAGUUAGGAUUAUAUCAAGUAAACGCAAUACGAAAUGAACUGAACUGUUUUUAGGAUCUCUUGUUCACAAACUGCACUGAAGAUUUUAGCGUAGAUAAAGCCGUUGAUCCUCUAUGGAAAAAUGAGAAAUUUCAUACAGCCAUUGAGUAUUCAUUGAACAUAGAUAGCAUUAGAUCACGUCCCAAUGAUAGUGAAUUUGAGUAUGUGUAUGACUUUAAAAAAGCUAAUAUAACAGAAAUCGACCGUAAACUAAGUGUAGUCGACUGGCAAUCACUUUUGCGAGGCAAAGAGGAUAUUGAAAAAGCCGCGAAUACGUUUCUCUCUCUAUUAUACGAAAUUAUAAAUGAUACAGUUCCUAGGACGAAAAAACGCACUAACUUUUGUUUCAAAGAUCCCGUAUGGUACACGCAACAGGUCAAAAACUUGAAAAACAAAAAACAGAAAGCCCAUAAAAUGUACAAACACCAUAAAUGUGAGACCAAUCUGGAACGAUACAAGAACAUAUGCAGCGAACUAGAUGCAGAAAUCUCAUUAGCUUAGAAUUAUAACUCUAGGGUAGAAAGUAAUAUCAAAUCUGAUCCAAAGCAGUUUUACCGUUUUGAAAAGGAAAAAAUGAAAACUAAUAAUUUUCCAUCACGCAUGCAUUUUGAAGGUAACGAAAGUACCGAGUCUCAGCUUAUUUGCAACCAAUUUGCGAAAUUUUUCCAGACCGUUUACAAAAACCCGGAUGAAAAUAGAGAUUUUAACUACUUCACGCAUUUACCUGAAUGUACCAAUAGUGUAUCAGUUCAAAAUAUAACUGUUCAAGAAAUAUUAACAUCAUUAGAAUCCCUAGAUGCAACUAAGGGUGCUGGGCCAGAUGGAAUUCCACCAUCUAUGCUUAAAACAUUUGCUUCUUCUUUUGUAAAACCACUGUUUUGGCUUUUCAAUCUUUCAAUCAAAACAGGUGAAUUUCCUUCCAUGUGGAAAAAAUCAUUUCUCAUCCCGAUCUUUAAGUCAGGUAAACGCUCUGAUAUAAAAAAUUAUCGCGGCAUAGCAAUCAUCUCUUGUAUUCCGAAACUAUUUGAAUCAAUCGUUAAUAAACGAAUUUUCGAACAGGUGAAAAAUAGUAUUACAAUCAACCAACAUGGUUUUUUCAAAGGAAGGUCCACAGCUACUAAUCUAUUAGAAUUCGUUAAUUUCACACUCGCUGCAAUGGAUAGAGGUAACUACGUUGAAACAUUAUAUACCGAUUAUAGUAAAGCUUUCGAUAGAGUCGAUAUAACAUUACUGAUUUUCAAACUAAAACGCAUUGGACUAGAUAACCAACUCGUGAAAUGGAUUGAAUCUUAUUUGACGAACAGAACACAAUUUGUCCGUUUCAAAGGCCAUCUCUUUGAUCCAGUGAAGGUAACAUCUGGAGUUCGGCAAGGAUCACAUUUAGGACCCUUACUAUUCAUUUUGUUCGUUAAUUUUUUUUUCUUCACAUAACAUUUAUUUGACACGGCACAAAUACAAUUUAAUGUUUAACGGCGCCAAUUAUAUCUGAUGACUUAAAAACUAAAGCAAAUUUUUUAUCCUCGCUGCCGACUACGAGCUGAAAUUAAGUCUAACUUAAAACUAGCAUGGGAUUUCCAAUCAGUGUUUUGUUGUUCAAUGGUCGUCUGAUAAUCGUCGAAUGGCAUGUAUGGAUUCGUUCUGCUGAGCCACGAUGUCGUGAGUUGGGACAGAGGCUCGUAGUCCUUGGGUCCUGGUUCUAUUGUGCGGGGUCUGGUUGCUGGUUUUGUGCUUAAGGUUCAAACGUGUUCUUGUCGUUUUGUUGGGUGUAGACGGAGGGGAACGGGACUAGACUGGGGCGUGGAUGGAUUUCAGGAAAACGUAUAUAAGGGACAUGUAGGAUAGGUCACGGCUCGCCAAGACAUCACGAACAGGAACA